AUGUCCUCCAUCUCUCUGAACUCGUUGUCAGGCACGUCGUCAGGUUACUCAACUCCAGCUUCAUCCGUCCCUACCAAAAGCACCAGAGCUUCGUCAGUCGCUGACUCCACGAUUGCCUUCGUCUUCGACAUUGACGGUGUUCUCGUCCGAUCCAAGGAAGCACUCCCGGGAGCUACUGAGUCCUUGCAGCUGCUCCAACAGCGCAACAUCCCCUUUAUCUUCCUCACGAAUGGAGGGGGCUCGACAGAGAAGGAUCACGUCGCCGUGCUCGCCAAGAGGCUCAACAUCCCAAGUCUCCAUGAGCGUCAAUUCGUCCAGUCCCACUCUCCCUUUCACGAACUCGUCCCAGAGCUUACGAACAAGAACAUCCUCGUUCUCGGCGGCACGGGAAGCUCGAUCCGCGACGUGGCGGCGGCCUACGGGUUCAAGCAAGUGGUGACUUCGGCAGAUCUGAUCAAGACUUUUGGGGAGCACGUCUACCCUUUCCUCGAGAUGGAGAAGGACCACCACGAGGAGCACGGCCGAGAGAUCGAAAGCAGAUUCCGCAUGCCGGAUGGAAGAGUUCAGAUCUCAGCGAUCCUGGUCUGGUCCAGUCCGCGCUCAUGGGGUCUUGAUUACCAGGUCGUCAUGGACCUCCUCCUCAGCGAGAAGGGCAUCUUCGGAACCGUGUCGUCCAAGAAUGGCGACGCGAGCCUACACAACCGCGGAUACCUGCAGGACGGCCAGCCCAUGGUGUACUUCUCCAACCCCGAUCAGAACUGGGCAACCGCCUACCACCUCCCCCGGGUCGCACAGGGCUCCUGGCGACUUGGCCUCCAGGGUAUCUGGGACGCACACACCGGCAACGCAGACAUCAGCUCAGUCAUCCGCUCCUUCGGCAAGCCAAGCAAGGCCACCUACAUCUACGGCGAGCAAGUCCUGCAGAAGUGGAACCGGGAGAUCAACGGGGAGGACGCGCCCGUCAUCAGCACCGUCUAUAUGGUUGGCGAUAAUCCAGCCUCUGAUAUUGCCGGCGCCAACGCGUUCGAGAGCGGCUACGGCAGCGACUGGAAGAGCAUCCUGGUAGAGAGCGGAGUGCAUGUGGCAGGCACAAAGCCCGCAUAUCUGCCCGACCACACUGUUGGGACUGUAAAGGAGGCCGUUGAUCUGGUACGCAAACCCCGCGCCAGCAGACACGACGACCAGCCAGAGUCGUCGAAAGAUCUUGAAAAGCGAAUGUCUGCUAACCCCUUGAACCAGGCUCUGUGGGUGGAGUCAAAGAGCUAG